GAUUUUUGCUAGUGUUUGAAAAAAAUAAAAUAAAGGACUGGUACUGGUACAGUAUUUGGGAAGCAAAAAGAAAGGAGAACCUCGAGUAACCUGGUUGUAGGUUUCAAUCUCAGCAAUUAUGGCCCUUAAUUCACCGACUCACUGGGCGGCUCCACUGACCCGCUCUGUCCCUCCUCGUUCGCCUCUCACUUUCUUCUAUCGGACCUUGCCCAGACCCGCAUUUUCAACAGAAUCACCGACCGCCAGGCUCGUCUCCGUUCGUUGCCAGACUCUUACUCCGGACGGCUUCCCGUCUAAGCGGCCUGUGGGUUUGGACGAGUCGGAAGCUUCGAUCGGGUCGUCGGGCUCUUCACCCACGUCCUCCGCUAUUGAUUUUCUCACGCUGUGCCAUAGUCUCAAGACCACAAAGAGAAAGGGCUGGAUCAAUCAUGGAAUAAAGGGUCCUGAGUCCAUUGCUGACCAUAUGUACCGCAUGGCUUUGAUGUCUUUGAUUGCUGGUGACGUUCCUGGCUUGAACAGAGAAAGGUGUAUCAAGAUAGCAAUUGUCCAUGACAUUGCAGAAGCUAUUGUUGGAGAUAUAACACCAUCUGAUGGCAUACCCAAAGCAGAAAAGAGCAGAAGGGAGCAAGCAGCUUUGAAUGAAAUGUGCAUAGUUCUUGGUGGAGGGAUGAGGGCUGAAGAGAUCAAAGAACUUUGGGCAGAGUAUGAAAAUAAUUCAUCCUUAGAGGCUAAUCUUGUGAAAGAUUUUGAUAAAGUUGAAAUGAUUCUGCAAGCAUUGGAAUAUGAAAUAGAACACGGGAGGGUGCUGGAUGAGUUUUUCAUUUCUACAGCAGGAAAAUUUCAAACUGAACUAGGAAAGAGUUGGGCAGCUGAGAUCAUUUCUAGAAGAAAUUCGCGGUUGGACAAGAGUCAUAACUGAUUCCCCCAUCCAGUAAUCAUUCGCAGCGAAGCCAAACCUCCUUCUAGAAGUUGGCUGUCCCGUCACCCAGCUGCAUUUUCCUUGGUUCGCCAUUUUUUUUGGUCUUCUCACAUAAAAAGGAAAACAUUGAUGUUGUUUCCACAGCACCCAAUGGGAUCUGCAGUUCGCAUCUGUGCAACCAAAGCAUGCAUCCGUGGAGGCUGAGGUGAAAGAAAAGGUACAACAACACUCAGCCAGGGUAGUAGGCAUCAUUCGGUCUUUCUGCUUCAAGCUAUUCUAGGCAUCUCUCAUUUUUGAAUUUCCAAAUAGUUUAACAUUCUCUUUUCAUUUUACCAGAAAUACAUCAAUUAGAUUAGAUAUGUCCUGGGUUUUAUUUUUUAUUUUCAGGGUGAGAUGGAGUUUGGGUUUGAAUUUUGGAUCUGGAGCUUAAGUUAGGCGGAUUGGGCUAAGCCGCCUUGUAUUCCUUUUUCUUCAAGUUUUG